GCUGCGGCUACACUGAAAAAUCUACUACGCGGUUGGAAAGUUAUUUGCCGGCACUGCGAAAAAGGAAGAAAGGCAAAGUGCAAGAACUGAUUAAUACCCCUUAUCGGCAGAUCGGUGAGUAGUCGCAUCAGCGCAGUUGAACAAUGAAAACUGCAACUCAUUGCGCAUUUCUAAUUAUCGCGGCUUUAGCCGCCACUACUGGAGCUCAUGGAUCUGGAGAGGAACGCCCAUACAGGCGAAGCUUUAUCAAUCCGUAUCCUCGCUUCAAGUUCUUCGACGACGGCGUCGAUCCCGGAGAGCCUCUGUUCUUAACACCACUUAUCAACAAUGUCUCGGUCGAUAAUAAAGAAGUGCAGAAACUGGCACGCGUCAUUGGUUCCCAGUUCCACGGAGUGGAGAGCUAUUCCGGCUACCUGACUGUGGAUCCCGGGUUUAACUCCAACAUGUUCUUCUGGUACUUCCCAGCCGAGCAAGAACCAGAAUAUGCGCCAGUUGUGUUGUGGUUACAGGGAGGCCCAGGUGCCUCGUCCCUGUUCGGUUUGUUUACGGAGAACGGUCCACUGGAGCUGGACGCCCACGGAAAAUUGCAAAAGCGAAACAUAACCUGGAGCAAGACACACAAUCUCAUCUAUAUCGACAAUCCUGUGGGAACCGGCUUCAGUUUCACAGAUAAUGAUGCCGGUUAUGCCAAGAACGAGAAGGACGUUGGCCGCAAUUUGCACGAAGCUGUGAUGCAGUUGUACGAACUCUUUGAGUGGAGCAACUCCUCCGGUUUCUGGGUCACCGGAGAGUCCUACGCCGGGAAGUAUGUGCCCGCUUUGGCAUACCAUAUCCACAAGGUACAAAACGCCAUAGAAACGCGCGUCUAUGUGCCACUGAAGGGCGUGGCAAUCGGAAAUGGCCUGUCUGAUCCGCUCCAUCAGUUAAAGUACGGUGAUUAUCUUUACCAAUUGGGUCUGAUCGAUGAGCAUGGUCUGGAGAACUUCCACGAUGCUGAGGCUAAGGGAGCCGCCUGCAUCGAGAAACACGAUUUGGAGUGUGCCUUCGACGUAUUUGAUUCACUGAUCAACGGAGACCUCACCAAUGGCUCCUUGUUUAGCAACCUUACGGGCUACAACUGGUACUACAAUUACCUGAAGACUCAUGACGAUGAUGGCGCUAACUUGGGUGAUUUCCUGCAGGCGGGCGCCACCCGUCGGGCCAUCCACGUGGGUAAUAAGCCCUUCCAUGAUCUAGACAAAGAGAACAAGGUGGAACUCCACUUGAAGAAGGAUGUCAUGGACAGCGUGGCUCCGUGGAUAGCGGAACUGCUGGCUCAUUAUACCGUGUGCAUCUACAGCGGCCAGCUGGAUAUUAUUGUAGCCUAUCCACUGACGCGUAAUUACCUUAACCACCUCAAGUUCCCCGGCUCCGACAGGUACAAAAUAGCUCCACGUGAGGUCUGGCGGAUUGAUGGUGAGGUAGCCGGAUAUGUGAAGCACGCAGGACAUUUGGUAGAGAUCAUGGUGCGCAAUGCCGGACACAUGGCUCCUCAUGAUCAGCCCAAGUGGCUGUACGAGAUGAUCAAUCACCUCACUCAUUACAAGCACUAGAAACAGCGUACUUAAAAAAGCAAGAACCAGAAUAUGCUCCAUAUUUUUAUCUAUCUUACUUGAAUAAAACGGGUUUUCAAUGUAAAAAUAUUUUUAUGAAAUUCUUGUUAAAUAUUCGACUCAUUCAAAAGGAAUUUUAACAAUACUCCCCUUUAUUCCUAUUAUCUUCUAUCUGAUGAUUGUAAUAAAGUUU